AUGCUUUUCUCGACACUUCGUUACGUCGCACAAAGAAGCCCUGCGGUGGCCCGCAACUUUAGCUCCACCUCCGCAGCUCAUGCAGCCGAGGUCAAGUCACUUGGUGUGAUUGGUGCCGGCCAGAUGGGUCUUGGAAUUGCCCUUGUUGCCGCACAGAAGGCACAGGUCCCUGUGACCCUCGUCGAUAGCUCUCAGGCUUCAUUGGACAAGGGUCUCAAGUUUGCCGACAAAUUACUUGAAAAGGAUGUUGCCAAGCAACGCAUCACCCGUGAGGCCGCAGAUGCAGCCCGUGGACUUUUGAUCCCCACUCUCAAGAUGGACGACCUCUCCUCCGUCGACUUCGUUAUUGAGGCAGUCCCUGAGAUUGUUGAUUUGAAGACCAAGAUUUUCAGCAAUUUGGCUCAAAUUGCCCCAAAGCAUGCCAUCCUCGCUACAAACACCUCCUCGAUUUCCAUCACCAAGAUUGCUGCUGCGACGAGUACGGAUCCCACCGAUCUGCAGGCUUCCUCUCGAGUGAUCUCCACUCAUUUCAUGAACCCUGUCCCAAUUCAGAAGGGUGUUGAGAUCAUUCGUGGUCUGCAGACCUCACAGGAAACAAUGGAUACAGCUAUUGCCUUUGUCCAGCGCAUGGGCAAGGUCGCCUCUGUGUCUGCCGACUCACCUGGCUUCUUGGCCAACCGUAUUCUCAUGCCCUACAUCAAUGAGGCAAUUAUUUGCCUCGAGACUGGUGUCGGUGGCCGGGAAGAUAUUGACAACAUCAUGAAGACCGGCACUAAUGUCCCUAUGGGUCCAUUGACCCUGGCCGACUUCAUUGGCCUGGACACCUGUCUCUCAAUCAUGAAUGUCCUGCACCAGGAGACUGGUGACAGUAAAUAUAGAUCCGCUGGUCUUUUGCGUCGGAUGGUGGAUGCCGGCUGGCUAGGCAAGAAGAGUGGAAAGGGAUUCUACGACUAUUAA